AGCUUCCCUCUGUGUCGUCCUGUGCCGCCCUUUUUGCAGUAGCACAAGUUGGUUACACUCUGCUCCAGCUGAGUAGCUUUCAUCAAGAUUCUAACGAGUCUUUCUUUUCUGUUUUUCUUUUUUUAAAUGGGAGAGCAGGCGCAGACGGAUGUGGGAUAUACUGUAAAUUUACAAGACUGAAUCACAGUGCAGAAUCUAAAGUUUGGUGGAUUUCCCUGAUGCGUGGAGUCAAUCAUGUCUCGUAGAAGUUCUCGCCUGGUGUCUGGUGGCUACUACAACUCGGAUGAGGAAUCAGACUCAAGCAGUGUGACAAACAUAUCGUACCGCGAAAACCCCGUCAAGGUUUUCAAGAAGAAGUCAGGCACACGCAAGGCCAGCCCCCGAACAUCCAGCAUAGCCAACAGCAAUGCCAGUUCACUCAGCCGAGAGACACCUGGCACUGAAGGCCUGAGUCCUUCUCCCCUGAGCAGCCAGACCCAGCCCAUCAUGAGGACCGCUACCUUCACCACAGCCACCCCCCGGCCUGCCCUGGCCCCAUCGAGAUCCAGGAGUCAGACACCCACAAGCUGCCCCACUGUGCCUCCUUCAGAGAAGAGCUCUUACACUGGGCACUGCGUCUCCAACAGGCCAGGAUUGCACCUGAGGCCCAACCCCAAGGAGCUAGGUCAGAGCGGAGUGGACAGCUCGGGGUACUCGUCGUCCGAGGGGACUGACAGGAAGCCCGUGUCUGCCACCAGCAGUACCGGGGGAUCGAGUAUUCCCAGUGACGCUCCCAGUUCCGAGUACAUGAACAGAAUCAACACUGCCUUCUUAAAGCUAAUGGACUCUGCCUCAUUGAUGGCUGUCACAGCUCACUCAAAACUAAUGCAUCUGCCAGCUUUAGUUGACACUUCACUCAGGAGACGCAUGAAGAAAGCGUGUGCUCUGUUUCUCCUUCUCCUCAUUGCACUUCUAUGUAUCUGGUUCCUCCUUCCCCUGUUGACGUUGUUCAUCUCCCACAUGACACCAGCACAGACCCCGGCGUUGAAAAAACCCACGGGUCAGCCUGUUAUCACUGCCACUCCUCCUCCUUCCCCUCCUCCUCCUCAACAAACCAACACCAUGCGUGAUGCACCUGUGGUGGAUCCAGCCGUUGUGUCUGCUGUUGUGGAAAAGAAGAUGCAGCAUCUUUUGGCGGAGCUGCAGCUGAAGCAGCAACAGCUUCUCUCUCAGAUGAAGGAGCAGAUAAAGCUGGACAUGCAGGGUGUAAAUGCUAAACUUGAGGUUCUGGACUCGGACGGUCGGCUGCAUCUGGAACAGGAGGCUGCUGCACUGGCCAGGCAGUUGGUGGAAUAUCAGACUGAUAGCAGAUCUGCUGCCUCCAGCCUUAGCUUCAGGAUCCAAGCUCUGGAGGCCCAGAAUGCUAAACUGCACCAGGAGCUGUCGUCCAUCCGGCUGAUGCCUCCUCCUGCCCCGUGUCCUGAACCCAGCCCUGCCCCUGUCCUUGACCAUCUAACCCCAGAGCUCCAACAGGCCAUAGAGAGGUGGCUCACUGACCGCAUCAAGGAGCAGGAUGUUCUCAGACUCGGUGACAAAGUGAGCGACGCAGACUGUGGACGUCCCGUGGCUGACAAAAUGGCCGACUUUGCCCUGGAGACUCAAGGUGCCAGUGUGAUCAGCACCAGGUGUUCAGAGACGUAUCGGAUUCGCUCAGCGUGUGUGACGCUGUUCGGUUUCCCGCUCUGGUAUCCGUCUGAAAGCCCGCGCACUGUCAUACAGGGUCACCCAGUGCUGCUUCCUGGCAAAUGUUGGGCGUUCCACGGGGUCCAGGGAACUCUCGUCAUCUCUCUCUCUCACCCUGUAACGAUAAGUCACGUGACGCUCGACCACCUGCCGCGCUACAACUCCCCGACCGGACGCAUCGACUCGGCACUCAAAGACUUUGAAGUCUAUGGAUUGAAGAACGACAGUGACGAGGGGACACUGUUGGGGACGUUCACCUACGAUGAGGAAGGAGAGUCGACGCAAACAUUUGAACUACCUGUAAGUUCACACUCUUUAAUCUAA